AUGAUACUGGUAGGCUCUCCUCACAUACCAGCACAACCUGCCGCAAGACGCGACCAAGCAGCGGAACAUUUCGAUGAGAUGGGAAAUUUGGUGCUGCUCAAAGGUAAGGCGAGAUUGGUGGCGCUCGAUUAUCGCUGCCGUUCACCAAGCAGCAAAAAAGUGCAGUUUUGGGUGUGCAACGCCGGGCUGCUUGUGCGCGCCGAUGAUUGCUAUGCAGUGAGAUUGUCGGCGCGGAUUGGGAGGACUCUCGCUGGGCGUCUGGGUCUGCCCUUCGAGCGGCACUUGGUGGACUUUUGCAACUCGCCACUAUACCUCCCGACAAAGUGUUUGAAUAUUUCGAAAGACAGCACGGCCACGCUCUCAGUCGAAACAUCUCCGUUCGUGAAUCUUCUCCUGACAAUGCUCUUUGCUGCCAGUAGUCUCGACGCCUCAACUGGUGAAGCUGGAGUCCACGUCACACAACGGCUCGAGUCGCAUCAACGACUUCGUGAAUGAAUACCUGUGUCUCGCUGAUAUCAAACUGCUCGCCGUGAGGUGAUUGUCUUAAGUAAAGGCAAAAUUGCUCGAGUAGCUUUUAAAGCAGGCCUCAACUCUAAGAAUCCCUACCAGGAGUUGCUGCAGAUCUUGAGUUAGGAGGCUUCAGACGAGCAACAACUUGCCAGUUCUUGUUAUCGUCACUAGCACUACCUGGCUGGUAUACGUUAAGAGCUCGAUUUCCAAGCAAUACGACAGAGCGACAAGCUCCAAAAUAAACAUGUUUCAAUACUUUGCACACUACGCUACACGUUAAUACUCAGUUCAUCUACCUAGGAUAUCAAUACACUGGAACUUUUGCGAAGCAGUCGCUCGCCUCUCGCACUGGCCAACCAG